CUCACUGUCUCUCAUAUCUCUCUCCGAUACACACUUAAAAACUCUUGCAGACACGCACACACACACACACACACACACACUUAAACACAAGUAAGUCAAUAUUUGACUAGACUUCAACGGACUGUACGGGAAGGAAACCCUUCUCCUCUUUUUGGAACUUUGAACUUGAACACAAGGACUUUGGAGAGAAAGGUUUUUUCUUUUCUUUUUUUCUACAGGUGGAUACAAAUUCCCCCCAAAACCUCUUGGGUCACACAAAGCAACGAGGAAUUAAUCUUUUUGUUCUUAUUUAUUGUUGGACUCUUGGACUUGAACUGGACGAGAGAGAGAGGGAGGGAGAGGGAGAGCAGCAAGAAGUUGGUUGGAUCGGCAACACGGUGAAAGAAAGGUGGAACUGGGCGAACGAGGAGAGAGAGAGCGGCACAUUCAUACUGUGUGUUGUUUUGUUUGUUGAGGAAGGAGAUGGGGAGAUGGACGCUGCGUCUCUCAGUGGGGCUCGGGCUCCUCGCCGCCUUGUUGACCUGCUGCGAUGCCGAAGCGAACCACUGCUUCGCUUCCAGGGCCAAGACCUGUUCAGAAUGCCUGCAGUCGGGUGUGGGCUGUGCCUACUGCCCCAAUGAGAACUUCCUUGGUCCCCGCUGUGACCUGUUGGAAAACAUCCUGGCCCACGGCUGCGUGCUGAAAGAAGCCAUCCAGGCUAAGAGAACCCUGUCGACGGAAAGCAAACAAGCCAUCAACAUGAGACUUCAGAAGUCUCAGGUGUCUCCGCAGAAGAUGAUGAUGAGCUUUCUGCCAGGAGAGGAGAAGCAGGUGGACGUGGAGGUGUUCGCUCCCACCAAAGGGCCCCUGGACCUUUACAUCCUGAUGGACUUCUCCAACUCCAUGGAGGACGAUUUGGACAACUUGAAGAAGAUGGGCUCGCAGCUCGCCAAGUUGGUGAACGACCUGUCGGACGACCCCACCAUCGGGUUUGGAAAGUUCGUGGACAAAGUGUCCGACCCCCAGACGGACAUGAGACAAGCCAAACUCAAACAGCCGUGGCCCAACAGCGACCCGCCGUUCUCUUUCACAAACGUCAUCCCCUUGAUGAACAACACAGAUUCCUUCAUCCAGAAGCUCCAGAAGGAGAAAAUAUCUGGCAACCUGGACGCUCCCGAGGGAGGCUUCGAUGCCAUCCUGCAGGCCGCAGUGUGUGUGGAUCAGAUCGGCUGGCGCAGCAGCAGCACGCAUCUCCUGGUUUUCUCCACCGAGUCGGCCUUCCACUACGAGGCGGACGGCGCCAACGUGCUGGCGGGCAUCUUGCCGCGCAACGACGAGGGCUGCCACCUCGACGCGGCGGGCAAAUACACCAAAGCCGUGGAGCAGGAUUACCCUUCGAUACCCACGCUGGUCCGCCUGCUCGCCAAGCACAACAUCAUCCCCAUCUUCGCCGUCACCAACCACUCCUACUCGUUCUACGAGAAACUCCAAACGUAUUUCCCCAUCGCGGAAAUCGGUCGGCUGGAAGAAGACUCAAAGAACAUGCUGUCGCUCAUGAGGACUGCCUUCGAGAGCAUCCGAACUAAGAUGAGCAUCCGCGCGGAGGACAAGCCGAAGGCUUUCGAGGCCGAGUUCUUUCACACCAAUGGAAGUCUUGCGCAAUACGGGGCCUUCGAUUUCAAGCCUGGCGCAAUAGGCAAGUUCAAGAUGCAUCUCACAGCCCAUAGAACCAUCGAAGGGCAACCCGUCUGUCAGACGGAUCCGGACAUUAAAAAGGGGAUGAUGAGAAUCAAACCGACAACCUUCAGCACCGCCGUCAUCGUCGACGCGUCGGUCCUGUGUCCUACCUGCGCCUGUGAGAAGACCGCCGUUCCCAGCUCAGACCGCUGCCAUGGCAACGGAGACCUGGUGUGUGGGAAGUGCCACUGUCAUCCCGGCUGGUUGAGUACCUUCUGUAACUGCUCCUCGACUUCUGCGGCUCAGCACAAGAGCCAGUGCGUGGCCCCCGGGGCGAAGGAGCCGUGCUCGGGCAACGGGGAGUGUCUGGACUGUGGGACGUGUCUGUGCAACAACCCGGACCAGUUCGAGGGGCAGUACUGUGAGCACGACAAGACCCAGUGCCAACGAUACGGAGGCUUCCUCUGCAACGACCGCGGCUCGUGCGUCAUGGAACAAUGCGUGUGCGCCGCCGGCUGGUCAGGCAGCGCCUGCGAGUGUCCCCAGAGCAACCAGACCUGCCUGGACAGCAAGGGCGGGCUCUGCAACGGGCGAGGGAAGUGUGUGUGCGGCCGCUGCGCGUGUUCCAGCUCUGACAUCACAACGGGCACCUGCGAGCCCAACUACCAGGCCCAGUUGGAUGUCUGUGAGGGGACCAGGUUGUGCGUCCAGUGUCAGGCCUGGAAGACCGGAGAGAAAAAAGAGAAAGAGGAAUGUGACAAGUGCACCUUCCACAUCGAGCUGGUGGACGAACUCAAAGAAGCGGAGAAAGUUCGCGAUUCGUGCAGCUUCCGCGACGAAGAUGACGACUGCACGUACUACUACACCGUGGAGGACCCCAAAGACCCCGGCAACAACGACCUGGAUGUCCAGGUGCUCAAGAAGAAAGACUGCCCCCCCGCCAGCCUCCUGUGGCUGCUCCCGUUCCUCCUGUUCCUCUUGUUGCUGCUCGCUCUUCUGCUGCUCUGCUGCUGGAAAUACUGUGCCUGCUGCAAGACCUGCUGCCAGAGCUGUCUGGCCCUGCUGCCUUGUUGCCGGAGAGGUCGCAUGGUUGGCUUCAAGGAAGAUGAGUACUUGCUUCGCCAGUCUCUGCUCACCUCAGACCAUCUGGACACGCCGAUGGUGAGGACCGGCCCACCCAAAGGAACCGAUGUGGUUCGCUGGAAGGUCACAGAUAACGUCCACCGAUCGCCCAAUCACCCCCAGGCUCUGAUCAAGCCCAACCCAAAAGAGACCAUCCAGUUCCCGAUGUCUCUCCGGCUAAACAGGCUGUUCUCCGAGAAUCUGUCUCGUCCCGAAUCCAGAGAUGCCGAACAGCUCCGCAAGGAGGUUUCUGAUAAUCUCAAUGAGGUGUACAAGCAGAUCCCCGGCGCCCAGAAGGUGCAGAAAACCUCUUUCAGGAUGCAGAGAAAUGCCGGAAAAAGGCAGGACUACGCCAUCAUGGAUACCAUCCUAUCUGCUCCUCGCAGCAGCUACCCCGAUAUCGUCAAACUCACCGAGAAAAAUGUCCAGUCUGGAAACGUAAAUAACCUCAAAGUGGUGCCCGGCUACUACACUGUGGCCACAGACCGAGAGGCUGCGGGAGCCAUAGAGUUCAACGAAGGCGUGGAGUCGGUAGACGUCCACGUGCCGCUCUUCGUCAAGGACGAAGACGAUGACAAGAAGCAGCUGCUGGUGGAGGCCAUGGAUGUGCCACUUGGCAUCGCUAAGAUUGGAAAACGUCUGGUCAACAUCACCGUCAUCAAAGAGCACGCCACCAGUGUCUUCUCAUUCCUCCAGCCGGCCUACACCUACAGCAGGCAGGACGGAAUAGCCAACAUCCCGAUCAGCAGAGAGAUCAUAGAAAAUGGACGCACACAGGUCACCUACCGCACACGGGACCUCACAGCCAAGGAUAAGACGGACUAUGUGGCGAUGGAAGGAGACCUGACCUUUAGUCCUGAUGAGACCCAGAAAAUGGUGCCUGUUCGUCUGCUGGAGAUGAGCGAGAAAGAUGGUCUCCUGGAAGACAAACAGGUCAAGCAGUUUGUCAUGGAUCUCAGCAACCCGCGGCAAGGCGGCAAGCUGGGCCGCUACCCGAGAACGACUGUCACUCUCACAGAGCAGCCAGAGCCCAGUGUGAUGAUGUUCAAAAAGGGCACCCAGAACUUCAGCAUAUCUGACCCAACCUACACCAUCCCUGUGGUCCGCACUCGCAACACGGACAGCUCCGCCACAGUGAAAUGGCGCACCAAGAAGGCCCAGCGCUUUGAGUUGUCCGGCCCUCUAAAGUUUAUGCCUGGAGAGACGGAGAAGAACAUAGUGAUCGAUCCGAGGAGCCACCCUGGACCAGUCCAGCCAGAGACCAUCCAACUGGAGCUGUUUGACCCAAGUAGCAACGCUACUAUCGGAGACAGGAAGACGACCCUUGUCAAUGUCAUUGAUGGAGGAGAGAUUGCCCAGAUGCAGCAGAUGGGCUACGUAAACCCGAAAUCCAUGUCCCCUGGCGGGCGUCUUCCCGCCUCAAUGAACCUCGCCCCAGCAAACCUUCAGGCCAAAGCAACUGGACCCAGAAACAUCCACCUCAACUGGGACCCGGCGGCUGGUAACCCCAUGGGGUACAAGGUAAAGUACUGGAUCUACGGCAACCCAGAGAAAAAUGCCCAGGUCUUAGACGUGAAGACUACUCAAGCUGAGUUGACCAACCUGUACCCCUUCUGUGACUACGAGAUGAAAGUGUGCAGCUACAACUUAAUGGGAGACGGCCAAGACACAGACAUGGUCCCCUGUCAAACUCUCGAGGAUGCGCCUGGUGAACCUGGACGUCUGGCCUUCAAUGUCAUCAGUCGGACUGUCACUCAGGUCAGCUGGGGAGAGCCUGCAGAGACCAACGGCAACAUUACGGCUUACGAGGUCAUCUACACACCCAUCGAUGACGAAAUGAAGCCGGUGGGCGCCGCGAAGAAAGUGAAGAUCGACAACCCCAAGAAGCGGAUGCUGUUGAUCGAGAACCUCCAAAACGCUCAGACCUACCAGUACAAGGUCCGUGCCAUGAACAGCAUCGGCUGGGGCCCCUUCAGAGAUGCCACCAUCAACCUGGCGUCACAGCCUGCCAGACCCAUGUCCAUUCCCAUCAUUCCAGAUAUCCCUAUAGUGGACGCAGAGGCCGGAGACGAGUAUGACAGCUACCUGAUGUACAGCAAUGAGGUGAUGAAGUCCCCAGCAGGCUCCAAGACACCCAGCGUCUCUGGUGAUGGGGAUAACACGAUGAAUGGGAAAUGGGACCAGAACUUCCUAUUCCCGGGGGGAUCAGGGACACGCAACUUGUCUUCAUCGUCCUCUUCGAUGUCCACCCUAAACUCAAACUACAGAGGGGCCAGCGGCUCCUCCUUCCUCACCGAAACAUCCACCACCUACAUGUCGGGAUCAGGAAGCUCUCGCAGAACCGAGAUGAUCGGAGGAGGGGUGCACACAUCGGAGGUCAUCAUGAGGAAGCGCUCAGAGAUUCGGGAUUACGCGGACGAAAACAUCCGAGACUCUAUCGUCAUCGGAGACAUUCCAAGCAUGUUCCCAGAUCUCGGUGGGUUCGGCUUCACUGGGACGCAGAGCAGCACUCAGAGCCAGUACACCUACAACAUGUCGUCGGGCCCGAGGGCCCGGACCGAGUCGUCAGACGUGAAUGACGCCCUAUACAAUCUGGACAGGGUGCUCCAGGAUGCUCCACUGACUCCAGGUGUACCAGAAACCCCCAGCAGACUGGUGUUUUCUGCUCUGGGCCCCACGGCCCUGAAGGUCAGCUGGCAGGAGCCCCGCUGUGACAAAGACAUCAUGGGCUACUGUGUCCUCUACCAGCUGCUCAGUGGAGGCGAGGGGAAGCGUAUUAAUGUGACCAACCCAGCGGAGAACUCUGUGAUCAUCGAGGACCUGCUGCCCAACCACUCCUACGUGUUUAAGGUGAAGGCUCAGAGCCAGGAGGGCUGGGGUCCAGAGAGAGAGGGGGUCAUCACCAUCGAGUCCGCUGUCGACCCCAAGAGUCCCCUCAGCCCCAUGCCAGGCUCGCCGUUCACUCUGAGCACUCCCAGUGCCCCGGGCCCCCUGGUCUUCACUGCACUGAGCCCCGAAUCCCUGCAGCUCAGCUGGGAGCAGCCCCGUAAACCCAACGGAGACAUCCUGGGAUAUAUAGUCACCUGCGACCAGCUGCACGGUGGAGGAGACUUACGGUCCUUCGAGGUGAACGGGGACAGUGUCGAGACCAGUCUGACCGUCCCCAACCUGACUGAGAACGUUCCCUACAAGUUCAAGGUUCAGGCUCGAACCACACAGGGCUUCGGUCCUGAGAGGGAGGGCAUCAUCACCAUCGAGUCUCAGGACGGAAGCGCUCUGUCUCAGUACAACAGCCAGGCGAUGUCGAGGAGGGAAGUGUUCCAGUUGCCGACGGAGGUCAACACGCGGACCAACGUCUCCCACUCCAUGAUCCACGACCCCUUCUUCUCAGAUGGCGGGAUGGUGACCACGCAGCACACAGAGAUCAGCGGCAUGGUGACCCGCCAGGUCACCAAGGAGGUGGUUCAGAGGAGCGUCAUGGGAGCCACCACGGUCACAAAGAAGAUGUUUUACGAAUCGUAAAAAGGUUGUAUUUUAACUAAAUGGUCUCUUUAAAAAAAAAAAAGAGCCGGCUUCAGAUUACUGUGUGUGUGUGUGUUUUUUUUAUGUGGAUUCUGCAACCCUCAAAAAGAUUUCAUGUCAUGAAUAGACGGAGAGGAGGCUGUUCGCUCAUGUCUGUUACAACCCGUGGCCCCUUAGAUGAGGAUCAUUUUAACGAUUACCGUCGAUUCUGAUGUAUUUCAUUUAGAUUUUCUUUCCACACUCAAUUUACUUCACCCGGGGGCGACUUUUGCAAAAGGACGGUAGUUCAGGGGCCAGUUAAAUAUAUAUUUUUAUAAACAAGCUCUAUUUGUCUAUUUUGCUGAGUUAAAAAAAAAUCCUUUCUGCCACUUUAUUUUUCUGUUAAAAGCACAACAAAACAUCCCAUUGUUAAUCCAUGUCUUUUCCUUUUGAAUUAUAAAAAUGGUUGUCUUUGUACGUGAGCUGAGUAUCACUGACUAAACAAAUACUUUAGGCUCCGCCCCUCCGUCGGUGCAGGUCUGGUAACACAUUGCAGUUUUAAAUCAACCAGUAAUCUGACUGGUUCAGUAAUCCAGGGUGACCUCGUCUCCCGUCCUCCACCUGCCCGAGAUGUUUAGUUCUGCUUCAGGUUGAACCGACUUUCAACUGCACGGAGACAUCGUCUUCAAAUAAAUUCCAUAGUUUUUUUUAUCCAAGUGGUGUCAUCCUGAGUGAUCAAGAGAGAAAUGUCAAAGGGGUGGAUUUGGGAUUAUUGUUCAUAUAUUUGUAUUAUAUAAAGAAAAAAGAUCCACGCAUAUUUAAUACUUUUUAAGAUUUUUACUUCAGCAGAGUGACGUUACAUGUAAAGCCAAAUAUGGAGGGAUUCCCUCAGACACAGGUCUCCGCUUGUGUUGCUCAUUCAUAUGCACACUGACCGACAGCACGGCUUCACAACAGACACACAUACAAAAUAAUAAUAAUAAUACUAUUUGAUCAAUCGUGUAAUGUUACUCAUGUUUUCAUUUUUAUUGUUUUUUUAUAGCCAUCAAUGUGGGUUCACGCUGCUUCCCGUUAAUGCUUUUCAUGAUGCGUCUUUACCCUGCGAGGCCGUUGUGGUUUUCAUGUUUUACAUAUCAACAACAAUGAGAUCUGGAUAUUUUAGAGAAAUGAGACGGAAAGAUUGUAUUUGCUUCCAUGCAAAUCCCACUGUAUCCCACUGUAUCCCAUCCCACUGCAUCCCACUACUUUCGCUCCACUUUUUUUAAGAGGAUAUAUGUUUGAGAGAGAUUCUGAUGUGGAUGAACCUCUCACCAGAAAACACCAGCGGUAAAGUAUUCGUGUACUUCUUUGCUCGGCAUGUAUCACUUUUUGUUUGUAUGGCGGUCGUAUUGCAGAAUAAAGAUUUGAAAUAAAUACA